CCCCCGUACCCUUGGAAAUGUUCUGGAUGCCAAGCCACUGCAUGCUUCUCUACUCUUGUUAGUUUACAAUUUGACAUUCAGAUAAAUAAUAAAUAGAUGUUUUAGAUAGCUGUUUGCAAAUUUAGAUAUGCUUUUAAAUUGCACGGCUUUGAAGAAUAUUGUUGAAAUGAAGGUGAGUAAGAAGUGAAAAUACAGUAUUCAUAAAUGUUAGUUUCUGUUAAAAGUUCUCUUGGAAUCUAACGAAAUUCUGAUCAAUGUUUUGGAUUAAAAAUAUCCUAUCUUCUAGCAUCGUUAACAAUUUAUUGCUUAGUUGGAUGUUUAGGUAUAAAUUAAGGUGAAUCCCAUUUUAUAAGAACAAAGCAAGGGAGAGAUGACAAUUAUAUGGAAAGAGUUCUUGCCAGGGAACUCUCCCAUCCCAUAUAUCUUUGGAGGUUUCGCCAUUGUUUUUGGAAUCACUUCUGCUGUUCUUUUUUUCCUUGCUUGCUCUCACCAAAUGCAGAUGCGAAAUUCUCCUAUCAACGACGACAAAGAAAAACCAAGCAAGAACACAGGAAACGAGCAGUUUGAUACUACUCCAAAUAUAGCCGUAAUCAUGGCUGGGGAUGAUCAUCCCAGGUGGGGCAACGGCUGGUCCAGUAUCUUUAAAAGUAUACUACGGACAAUAAAUUCAGAACAAACUUUCCUACAAUAAUUGGUAUCUUCCCUUUUUUCUUCCUUCAAAGAUAACUACUGUAAACAAGAAUAAGUAGAGAUGAAGAGUUGAAAAGUUACCCAUUGCUUGUCUGAAAAUCAAAUUCAUCUGGCAUGAAUAGUUCUUUACUUUAAGUGGAUUUCUAUCCUUUGAGCAUCUUAUCUUGCAAAAGCAGCUACAACUAAUGAACAAUCAUUGGAGGUUGAAUGUGCAUUGAAUUAUGCAGGACAUAGAACAGGGUGAGGAUUCAAGUUGUUCACUUUUGCAUAUAAAAACUACGAUUGCUUAUGAAGUGGUUGCUUUGCAUUGUGAAUUUCUACAUCUACUGACAGAAGGAUACAAUGUGAGCAGUUGUUUGUGAGGAAAGAAAAUAGGCAGUUGUGCAGCAAGACACCACCAAACUUAACUCCAACUGCAUAACAACAAGCUACAUUCGGAAUACUGCUGCCUCAAGGAGAAUAUGUGUGAGGAGCGAUACGAACAUCGACACGUCUUUAGGGGAAAUCCCGAUUUUCACCUCGGCAAUGUUAUGGAGCCAUCCCAAAUGUUUGGAGUUUCAGAAGAAUGUCACAGCAGUGAAUCUGGUUGGACUAUGUAUAUUGGAUCCCCUGCAGCUGCUGAUGGUUCCAGUGAUGUUGAUACUGGUGCAGCUUCUGAUGAAGAAGAAGAUGAAGAACACAAAGGCUAUUAUGAUAUUAACCAAGAUGACAGCGAUGACUCCAUGGCUUCUGAUGCUUCUUCAGGCCCAAGUCAUCAACAAAGACGCCACCCAUUUGGAGGGAUGAAGAAUCCCCCCCAUGCUUUGCUGCCUCUCUUCACCCACCAGAACAAGCCAAACUCUUGCUUCGAAACCAAACCCAAACCCAAGCCCAAACCCAAGAAGCCAUUAAAGAAGAAGCAAAGAGCUGAAAGAAAAGAAGUGAAAGAGCCAAAGAGCUCAGUUCAGAGCAGCUCCAAGGCAAGAAAGUGCAUCUGGAUGGGUAAAAGAAACUAAGGGGAAGAAGCUCAGUUCUUCUCUUCAUUGGGUAUUUCAUUUAUGUUUGUUCCUAUGUUUUCCUCUACUUAUGUUCUGUGGUUCCUGUUCUUUUUGUGUAACAAGCAGCCAUUUAUUUA